GUGCGCGAGGGGCGGGGCCGGGAGCGGGGGACCCGCCGAAACAUUGUUCCGUGCCCGGGGGGGGGGAAGCGGCGGCCGCGAUCGUUCCACAGCGACCCCCGGGACCCCCCCCCGUAAGCGGACCCUGUAGGUCCCAUAGGACCCCAUAGGGACCCAUAGGUGUCCCCCCGCCCCAUGGAGAACUUCCAGAAGGUGGAGAAGAUCGGGGAGGGCACGUACGGGGUCGUGUACAAGGCCCGGAACAAGGUGACGGGGGAGGUGGUGGCGCUCAAGAAGAUCCGGUUGGAUACGGAGACCGAGGGUGUCCCCAGCACCGCGAUCCGGGAGAUCUCGCUGCUCAAGGAGCUCAAUCACCCCAAUAUCGUCAAGCUGCUGGACGUGAUCCACACGGAGAACAAGCUCUACCUGGUCUUCGAAUUCUUGCACCAGGACCUCAAGAAGUUCAUGGACUCCUCAUCCAUCAGCGGCAUCGCGCUGCCCCUCAUCAAGAGCUAUUUGUUCCAGCUGCUGCAGGGCCUGGCGUUCUGCCACGCUCACCGCGUGCUGCACCGCGACCUCAAGCCCCAGAACCUGCUCAUCAACACCGAUGGUGCCAUCAAACUGGCUGACUUCGGCCUGGCCCGCGCCUUCGGGGUGCCCGUGCGCACCUACACCCAUGAGCAGGUUGUGACCCUCUGGUACCGGGCGCCCGAGAUCCUCCUGGGGUGCAAGUACUACUCGACAGCGGUUGACAUCUGGAGCCUGGGCUGUAUCUUUGCUGAGAUGAUCACCCGCCGCGCGCUCUUCCCGGGGGAUUCGGAGAUCGAUCAGCUCUUCCGCAUCUUCCGCACGCUGGGAACGCCGGACGAGGCCGCCUGGCCGGGGGUCACGGCCAUGCCCGACUACAAACCCACCUUCCCCAAGUGGGCCCGCCAGGACUUCACCAAAGUGGUGCCACCCCUCGAGGAGGAGGGUCGGAAGCUCUUAGCGCAAAUGCUGCACUAUGACCCCAACAAGCGGAUCUCGGCCAAGGCGGCGCUGGGACACCCCUUCUUCCGCGAUGUCACCCGCGCUGUCCCCCACCUGCGCCUCUGAGUGGGGCGCUCCGGGUGGGACCAUGGGGUGAAUGGGGGGGGGUAUGGGGCUGCCCCCCCAUAGGACCCUCCAUGGCCCACCAUUGGGACGCAGCCAGACACACAAUGUGGGGUGAGCCCCCCCUCAACCUGGACUGUUGGCACUUACAAAGGGGGGCCCUGGGACCAGGAUGGGUGUGGGGGGAGCAUCUUCAUCCCCAUCCUCCUCGCUGGGGGGCAGGGGGUUGUGUUGUCUGUGUGUAACACCCCCCCCCCCGAGCCCCCCAUUGCCCUGUUUGGGGUCCUGGUGCCCCCCCGGCCUUUCCCCCCCCCCCUUUUCCGUGUGACUUUUGUAACUGCAGUUUUGUAGCUAA